AUGCAUCAGUAUUCUGAGAUGACAACUGAUGGAAGUCCCUUUGUUUUCCAUCUGGAGUUAUGCAGAAAGGAAGCGGUCCUCUCAGAAUAUUAUGCAGAGACACAUGGAAUCACAUUUAGAAUUCAAACCAGGGUGAAAAGACUUCCGGAUACAGACAUACUGUUAAAGCUGUUGUUUCAUUUACCAGUUAGUUACCCAUCAACUCCACCAAAUAUCUCCGUUGACUCGGAACAGCUUACCAGGGCCCAAUGUAUGGAUGUGAAAGAAAAAUUGCUUGAACAAGCAAAGAGGCAUCUUUCGGAACCCAUGGUACAUGAGCUGGUUCUCUGGAUACAACAGAAUUUUAAUCAUGUCAUAGGGCAAUCGGAAACUUCAGUUUGCAAUGAAAAAAGUAUUUUGUCAACAGGUACAAGUACAGAGGAUGGUAUUUGGACUGUUCUUUUGCAUUUAGACCACAUGAGAGCUAAGGCAAAAUAUGUCAAAACCGUGGAAAAAUGGACUUCAGAUCUAAGACUGACUGGAAGACUGAUGUUUAUGGGCAGAGUGAUACUGAUUCUUCUGCAAGGAGACAGAAACAGCAUUAAGGAAUACUUGAUUCUUCAGAAAACCUCUAAGGUAGAUGUGGAUUCAAGCGGAAAGAAAUGCAAAGAGAAAAUGAUUAGUGUACUCUGUGAAACAAAAGUACUGACACAGCACAAAAGGUAUCAGGCAUUUGAAGUCAAAGAAUAUUCAACGUUGGAUGAACUGCAAAAAGAAUUUGAAGCUGCAGGACUCAAGGAGCUUUUCUCUGAGUUUGUGACUGGUCUGUUAAAAUAAGUGUGAAAGAAAACACUUUAACCUUUGACUAAAACAGUAGUUGAGUAUAACAAGUGGAUGUUGGGAGAAGAUAAAAUGAAGUUUCUGUUGGUGAACAACUCUAAAGCUGCUCUGCAAACCUGUCAGAAAAAAACAUCUUGAAAGAAACAAAAGGCAAUUCACAUGUUAUGGAAAAGAGUUUUUGACUUUAUGCACUGACAGAUUUUGCCAGGAAAUGUUGAGCUUAAACAUCAGUACUUAUAUGUCAACACAAAGGAUGAUGGGGAAAAUCAACAUUCUUCUUUUCUGGGACUCAGACCUAUUCUAUCAUCAGUUAAACUCUGUUUUAAUAAUAUCUGCUUGCUUUCUUCUGCUUUUGAUUUGAUCCUCAUGAGGUUGUUUUUUCAACUUGGACAGGUAAAACAAAAUCCAUUAGUUUACUUUUAAAUGGAUUUAAAAAAAAGAACAUGAGUUAUACAUGUAUAAUAAAUCAAUAAAUAUGGUCU